CAAAUAGUCUAGAUAUUGUCUCAGAUGAUAAAAAACAAAGUGAAUAUACCUGUUCACUUUUUGAAGUACACAUAACACUCGGAUUUAAAUCCGAUGUUUUCGCAUUUAUUUUUCUUUGAAAUUGAUCCAUUUCCUUUUUUACUCAAAACUACUUUCGUUUUAGAUCCGGACCAUUUUCUCUUUGAGUUUGAACUAUUUACGCUUGAGACUAAUUCAUAUUUUCUUUUUGGAAUCUGAGCUAUUUUGUCUUCCAAUAUAAAUUAUUUUCCUUUUGAAAUUGGUCCAUAUUCUCUUCGAAAAUGAUUUGUUUUCGCUGAACUAUUGAUUCAAAACUGUUAACUACGUGUAAAGAGAAUUUUCAGAGAGAAAGCCGUAAUAGAAUAGAAAUAUUUAGAGUGAACGGGUAGUCCCAUAGCUUUCUCUCCCUAAUUGUGUAGUCUAUACAGUAAGUAUCCUGUCGUUUAGUUAAAUUACGAAUUAAUUUUCAGCUUUCACUUGAAAUUGAACUCAUUAAUGUUUCACUAAUAAACACUUGUCUUAUUUAGAUAUUGCAGAGAUCCUGUCUUAUGCAUUAAGUGUGUCUUGGAUGGUGUACCAACUGAGAUAAAACCAACUGAUGAACAAAUAAAAGCUAUUCUUAAAAUACUUGUUCUUGAUGUUAAACUUGAAAUGACUGUAUUACGUAUUGAAAAUGACCUUCCAUAUGUACAACUUAAUUUAGAUGAACGAAAUUUAAAUGUUGAAAUACGUACAAUAUUAUUACAAUCAUCAUCAUCAACUACAACAACAAUUCUACAAAAUUUAAAUAAUAAAAUUAUUGAUUUUGAUUCAAAUAAGCCUGAAAUAAAUAUAUUUAAAAUUUAUCCUGUACAAUUAACAAGAGUUGAUACUAAUUCAGAAUGUUUUCAUAUUUUAUUAAAAACUAAUGAUCUUUCAAAAAUCAUGAAUGUACUUAAACAUUGGCAUGUUAAUAAACAACCGUUAACUAUUACACCAAAACAAGAUAUGCUUGUUUGUGUACAACGUGAAGAUAAUCUUUGGUAUCGAGCAUGGAUUGAAAAUGUGGCUGAACAUGGUUUUCAUGUGCAUUUUGUUGAUUUUGGAUAUAAUGAGGUUGUUUCAAUUAAUCAUCUUAGUGAAUGUCCAGAGGCUCUACAAAAUAUUCCAUGGCAAAGUGUACGAAUUAAAUUAGCUGAUAUUGAAUUAACAGAUGAUGAACGUUAUUUACUCUUAAAGAAUUUUCAAAAUGAUCAACUUAAAAUGGAAAUUCUUUCAAAAAAUCAAGAUAAUUAUUCUGUUGAAUUGCUGAAAGAUAAACAAUCUCUUGCAGAAUAUAUCUUUCAUUUACGUACAAGUAAAGAGCAACAAACAGAAUCACCCUUGUUAAAGAAUAUUGAUGUGUAUGUGGACUUUCAAGAUGAAGAUAUUACCUAUACAACUAUAGGUUCUGAUGCAUUGUCCUCAUGUACAUUUAUUUUAAUCACUGGCUACGUUCAAGAUGAUGAAUUUUCAUAUUUAUCACAUUAUCCUGAACCAUUUGAAGAAUCAGAUACACCGACAACAACACUUGUGAAAAUCAUAAACAGAAUAUCAGAAGAUCUCCAACGUCUAAUAAAAAAUCAACCACCACCAAAUAUUAAUGAAGAAUUAAAAGUUAAUCAUAUACAUGAUUUAAAACUACUAGCAGGUGGUGGUGUUAUUGACGAAUAUCAAGAUUUAAUUCGAGAUGGGUUAAUAUUAUUAAAUAGCAACAACAAACAUAAAGCUGAAUGUAAUUAUGAACUACUUGAUACAUCAAAUGAAUCAAGUGAUGAUACAUCUAGUGGUGAUAAACGCAAUAGUUAUGAAGCCGUUUGUGAUGAUCUUGCCAUUUUAUUAACUUAUGACUGUUCUACAAAAACAGCUAAUGUUUAUACAGAAUGGAUUGGUGAAUCAAUAGAAUGUGUUAUUAGUUCAUUAUCAAUAAAUUUUACAAAACUUUAUUAUAUAACUUCUACUUGGCAAUUGAAUAACAACGAAAUAAAUUCCAUCAAAAACAAAAUUCAACACAACAACGAAUUAUCUUCAUCAUUUAAACAAACAUUAGCUAAACAAUCAGCAGUUAUUGAUGAUGUUGAUGAUGCUGAUAAAUGUGAUAAUAAUCAAAUUAAGAGUGGUGAUAAUGCUGGAAAUCCAUCUGAAGGCAUAUAA